UGGCGGGCUGGUCUCCUGGCCCCCUGCCCCUCCCCUUACGCUUCCCUGGACUUGGAUGGGCCCGAGUUGGGGGCAACACCCUGGGGUGGGUUAUGCCGAGUGGCCCCCAGAUUGGGCCCUGCUUAAUGCUUGCAGGGUGAGGGUCGCAGUGCGCACGGUUUGUGCGGCGUGGGUGCUGGCCCGUGUGCUCACCCUGGAUGCAUGAUCUACUGAGUAAUGUUCUGGUGGAGGGGGAGAGGGGCAGGGCUUUUGGAGAUAAAUCGGGUGAAUUGAUUAAGGGGGCUGACUUUGUAGGUGGGACUACUAGAGAAGAAGAAGAGAGGUUUGACCGAGAGGUUAGAAACAGCAAGAAAAUGUAGAUAGAGCACUCCUUCCCCCCUCCCCAACACAGACGCACACACUCAGGGUUAGCAGUUUAUCUCUUUGUAAAUCCGAAGCAGUGGUAGGAGUGAUGGAAAGAGUGAAUAAGGGCCCUAACUUGGCUAGCUUUAUGUUUGCCUUUCCUGCAAAUGGUCCAGCAACAAGUGUUUUCUUAAAACAAACAAACAGAAAAAAGCAGGAACUUGGAUUGAGGCUUGACUGUGAGUUCUUAAAAAUGAAGUGCUUCUUGGUGACUUGGAAGGUGCUGGCUGUGAGGCCCCCUCAGUAGGGUUUUGGAUUUUGUCCUUAGGGAUGGGUUUUGCGACUAAUAGUGACAUCAUUGGCUCUGCUAGACAUCUCUGCCUACCUUAGUGGCGUUUACUCCUGUCAGAUGUUUCAUCAGUCUCCCAGCUGAAGGGCAUAAAACACGAAUCUCACUGGCUAAAGACUAUAGUCUUUAAACUAUAGUAGGUUGUGAUUGGCUGAAUGAUUUUGAUUGUAGAAUUUCUUCCAGAAAUUGGCUUCAUCAAAUUCUGCUUUAUUUUGACUUUAUCAUACACAGCAUGUCUUGUUUUAGUGGGUUCAUGCUUAAAGCUUAAGUAUAUUAUACUUGAAUCCCCCACCAUUUAAAAGCCAAUUUAUAAACAGGGACUUGGAGUGUGACUCACUAAUGUGUGUCUGUGAUCUUGGUUAGAAACCCACUUGGCUGCCUUUCAUCAGGAGGUGGGGGGUGGGGGAAGGGCUGCUAGGAAGUGAUUGAUAAGGUUUCCUUUAUGGAUUCUGUGGUGCUUCAUUGGAGCUCAGAGCACUUUGGCAACUUAAGCACUCCAAAUUAAAAGCUCAUUAACAAUUCCUGCCCAAAGAUCCUGUAAAUAAUCCGCUACCUAGGUCAUAGAGCUUGACUAAGAGCUCUCCUUCCAACUUGAAAUUUCCAAAUAAAAAGUGCUUUUAUUCCCUUUCAUUUUGAAAAGUAUUUUCUUUGUGUUGUAGUAAAUUGGUGAGUGGCCUUUUCCCAGGGGAUCUGAGUUGAAUAAAGUCUUAAAUGUGUAGAAUGUUAGACAGGAAUAUAUUGGUUCUAAUCCUAGGUAUUUCUUUGUGCAGAGAGCAUCACUAGCUUACAAGGGUAUGUCUGCAACUUCUAAUCCUUUGGAAUAUCUAAAUUAGUUGAUAAAUAUGAUACAUAUCCAUUGAUGUUUUGACUUUAGGUCACCGUAACAUUUUUUAGAACUUGAGGCAGAUUUGGAAGUAUCCUGAAAGUAUUUCUCGGUCCGUGUGGCCAUUUGCAAUAUGGCCUGUGGUUUUGUGGGAGCCAACCCCUCCAUGAGUCCUGGUCCAGCCGUAAUUCCAGAGUUCUGAAUAUUGUCGACCUUAACCAGUGUUUUCUUCCUUAACUAGACUAGGAUUCUGAACUCAUCCAGAGAGCUACCACUUUAUGACUAUCUUUCUCAGUCCUGGCUCAGAUAUGCAUUGGGGCAUUCCAGCUCUCACAGAACCUUCAGCAUCCCCAGCAGCCAGUCUUGGCAUCUUCGAAGUAAGAAGAGUUUUAGAUGCUUCUGGAUGUUCAAUGCUAGCACCUUUACAGACUGGAGCAGCUCGAUUUUCUUCGUAUUUACUUUCAAGAGCAAGAAAAGUGCUGGGCUCCCACUUAUUUUCUCCCUGUGGUGUUCCGGAGUUCUGCUCCAUAUCCACCAGAAAACUGGCGGCCCACGGCUUUGGCGCAUCCAUGGCGGCAAUGGUGUCCUUCCCUCCCCAGAGGUAUCACUACUUUUUAGUGCUGGACUUUGAGGCCACGUGCGACAAGCCACAGAUUCAUCCUCAGGAAAUCAUUGAGUUUCCCAUCCUGAAGCUAAAUGGCCGGACCAUGGAAAUCGAGUCUACCUUUCACAUGUAUGUCCAGCCUGUAGUCCAUCCACAGCUUACCCCUUUCUGUACAGAGCUCACCGGGAUUAUUCAAGCCAUGGUGGAUGGUCAGCCAAGCCUGCAGCAAGUGCUAGAGAGGGUCGAUGAGUGGAUGGCGAAGGAAGGCCUCUUAGAUCCAAACGUCAAGUCAAUUUUUGUCACCUGUGGAGACUGGGACUUAAAAGUCAUGCUCCCAGGCCAGUGCCAGUACUUGGGCUUGCCAAUCGCGGAUUACUUCAAGCAGUGGAUUAAUCUGAAAAAGACCCCAGACUGGGAGCAACUGAAUUCUCCUGGAAGAGCUCAGAUGGGCAUCCAGGAGAGGGAACCCUUGAACCGGGUCUGUGAGGAGAACAGGGAGUGUGCAAAGGAGACAAGCAUAGGCUUACAGCUUCGCCAUGGGCUGCUGGCCCAAGAAUGGACUUCUAGACAUGAACAAGGGCCUCAGCCUGCAGCACAUAGGUCGGCCCCACAGCGGCAUCGAUGACUGCAAGAACAUUGCCAACAUCAUGAAGACACUUGCAUAUCGAGGCUUCAUCUUCAAACAGACAUCGAAGCCAUUUUGAUUGGCCAAGGACAGGGCAACUGUUUGGCCUAGUCCAGAAUCCUCUCCCUCUCUAGAGGGGAAAAGGGAGAGUGGCACAGCUCUGCAUCCAGAGUGUCCCCCCAGUUGCCCUGUUGGGUUUAUGCCCUGGGCAAGGGCUUGGCCAACUUGGCCCCUCUGGAGCACUUUUUGUCCCCCAACCCCACCCCUUAAUCUCAGCCCAGUAUCAGCCCUUCCCAUUGUGGGCCUGGGCUAGGGGGACCCAGGCACUCACUGCCUCCUCCCUGGUAUACAGGCUUCUGCUGGGGCACCUAGCCCCCUAUGCCCCUUCCCAUCCAUAGUGCAUGGUGUGUGGUGCCUCCAGGGCUCCAGAACAGAUCAGGCCCCACCUUGUGUCUACCCCAUCCCCGCUGUGAACGUGCCACUGAAUAAAAUCGGGGAAACGAG